CAGUCGGAUUUCCAAACCCUAAACCCAAAUUUGCGGUGGCAAACGCGCGAAGAGAGGAGGCGCAGAGAAAGCCAUGGCGGACAACAAGGCUGUGACGAUCCGCACCCGGAAGUUCAUGACCAACCGUCUCCUCUCCAGGAAGCAAUUCGUUAUCGAUGUUCUUCAUCCAGGAAGACCCAAUGUUUCUAAGACUGAGCUAAAGGAGAAACUGGCAAGGAUGUAUGAAGUGAAGGAUACAAACUCUAUCUUUGUGUUCAAGUUCCGCACCCAUUUUGGAGGGGGAAAGUCCACUGGUUUUGGCCUGAUUUAUGAUUCUGUAGAGAAUGCAAAGAAGUUUGAGCCCAAGUACCGAUUGAUCAGGAAUGGGCUGGACACUAAGGUGGCAAAGUCAAGGAAGCAACUGAAAGAACGGAAGAACAGAGCUAAGAAGAUUCGCGGAGUGAAGAAGACCAAGGCCGGUGACGCUGCCAAGAAGAAAUGAGCUUCUGUAUCAUGUUUUUGCGUUGCAUUUGAGGGCAGCGGGUUUCUGUCUCAGCAGCCUCUCUGCCUGGCCACUCUCAUUGUCAUUGUUUUUAAUUUUUGUUAGUAAGCAUAAAACUUCACCUUAAUAUUAAACUUUUAAAGAUGCAUAUGAUGUUUUAGUUGUGGAAUUUAAUGUAUGUGUUUAACUCUUUGACUUUUGGCCGUGUUGUGAAUCAACUUAUGAAUGUUAAUGAUAUUGAGCUUGAGU